AUGAGAAGUGAGUUAAGCAACGAUAUGUAAAAGCAUUCAAAUUCUUCAUUGUCUGAAUUCUAAGAUAUAGAUUUAGCGUGUAGAUAUUUUACCUAUAAUCCAAGUGACUACGAUUUAUCAAAAUGUCUAUCAUAAUCUGAUAUAAAUAUACAGAACAGUAUAAACAAAAAAAAGCUUUCAAAAUUAUUAUAUCAACUAUCUAAAUGUUCAGAUCUCAAAGUAUUGUUUCUAAAUCUAGAGAAAAGUUGCUUUAGUUAAUAAGACUAAGAAUACGGAGGAAUGGGUUGUGAAUUAGCAAAGUGCAAAUAACUCAAAAAUUUACAUAUCGAUUUUAGCAAUAAUUAAAUUACAAAAUAAUUUAUUUGCGAAUUAAGCUCAGGAUUGACAUAAUUACUUAAUCUUCAAGAUCUUGAUCUCGACUUUUCUAAUUGUUCAAUGGAUAGUUAAAGUAUAUCCUUAAUAGGAUCUGCAAUUUAAGAAAAUUUUCAACUAAGAUGUUUGGUGUUAUCCCUAAAUUCAAUAUAAAUGAAUUAUAAUUCUUUAUCAGAAUUAAGCUAUAAAUUACCUAAAUUAUAAAAUCUGGAAAAUUUGACUCUUAAGCUAGAAAACAAUAAAAUUAAAGAUGAAGGAGCUAUUAGAUUAAGUCAAGCUAUUCUCUAUUUUAAAAAUCUGACGAAACUGAUACUUUCAUUAGAUAUGAAUAAAAUUACUAGUAUGGGAGCAUCAGAUCUAAUGUAAAGUUUAGUAAAAUGUAAAAAUAUCUAUUAACUAACUCUUAGAUUGAAAUAGAAUUUAAUUAAUCAUAACGGAGCAUCAAAUAUAGUUAUUUAAUUAUAAAAAUUGAAUUAGCUUUAAUAUCUCGAUCUAGUUUUAAAUUAAAAUUAAAUUAAUAAUACUGGAGCAUCAAAUAUAGCUAUUCAUUUAGAAAAAUUGAAAAUGCUUAAACAUUUAGGUCUUUAUUUAAACGACAAUCAAAUUAGUGAUUAAGAUUUAAUAAGUUUAGGUUAAGCUUUAGCUAAAUUUUUUGAACUUACUGUCUUAUCAAUUAGGUUAAGAGAUAAUGAAAUAAGAGAUUAAAGUAUAAUAAUGUUCGGUUAAGCUUUAACUAAGUGUUUUAAACUGACUAAAUUGACAAUUUGUUUAAGAUCUGAAUUUAUCACUUAAGAGGGGGAAAGAGCUUUAGUAUCUGAAUUAAAUAAGUGUAUUUAACUUUCUUGGAUUGAUAUUGAUUUUGGUUGGAAAAAAACAAAUGUUAAUAAUCCUUUAGAUCUAUUUAGCUCAGAAAAUAAGGACAAUUAUCAAUCUUUUUCGCUCAAUUUGAAAGAAUCAUUUAGAAAAAGUUUAAAAUCUUACUAUAUUUUGUAUAUAAAAUCAUGGUUUAACUAAUUAUUAAUGUUCUAAAAGGAUAUAUUCUUUGGUUUAAACUAGUUAGAUAACUACUCACAUUUUGAAAUUAGUUUAGGGGGUUUCUUGUUGAAUGCUGAAAAUGCAAAAGAGUUAGGUUAUAGAUUGUCAAGAUGCUAAAAACUAUAGUAUUUAACUCUUCAAUUAUAUAAUAUUUAAAUUUGUGAUCAGGGAAUAAUAGAUCUAAGUUAAGGCUUAGCUAAAUGCAAUCAACUUUCAUCUUUAAAAAUUGAUACAAAUGGAGGUAAAAUGAGUCACAAAGCAGGUUUAUAUUUCUUUUAAGAAAUAUCGAAAAUUAGAAAACUCACAAACUUGGACCUUAUCAUAGAUUUUUAGCCAAUUACAUAAAAUUUAUUCAAAAAGAUUUAGUAGAUAAUGCUUAAAAUAAAACCAUUAGUACAUAAAUAAUUUAAUUAUGAUCUUUCAGAAGAAGAGAAUGAUGAAUUCUGA